CAUGUUCCACCAGCUGACGGAUCAAACGGUGAAUGGCAGCUGUAAGGGACCCACCUCGGUGUGCAACAAGAGCGCUGAUGGAGACGCACUCCAGCUGCCCACUUUCUCCACCGCGGCCAAAGCCAGAGUCAUCAUCACCUUCACACUGUGUGCAGUGUCAGCUGUGUGCAACUUGGUUGUGCUGUGGGCUGCGGGAAACGGCGGCAAGCGCAAGUCACACGUCAGGAUCCUCAUCAUGAACCUGACGGUGGCGGACCUGCUGGUGACUUUCAUCGUGAUGCCUGUGGACGCAGUGUGGAACAUCACGGUGCAGUGGCAGGCGGGAGACGUCGCCUGCAGGCUGCUGAUGUUUAUGAAACUGGUGGCGAUGUACUCCUGCGCUUUUGUAACUGUAGUCAUCAGCUUGGAUAGACAGUCUGCCAUCCUCAAUCCUCUGGGCAUCAGUGAGGCCAAAAGAAAAAGUAAAAUCAUGUUGACUGUGGCCUGGACCAUGAGUGUGAUCCUCUCGCUCCCUCAGAUGUUCAUAUUUCACAAUGUGACCAUCACAGUCCCACAGAACUUCACCCAGUGCACCACCCACGGCAGUUUUGUCCAGCACUGGCAGGAGACCCUCUACAACAUGUUCACCUUUGUGUGCCUCUUCCUCCUGCCUUUGGUCAUCAUGAUCUUCUGUUACACACGAAUCCUUGUUGAGAUAUCCAGCCGCAUGGCCCGGGGUAACCUGCUGUCUAGAGAUGUUCAUCUCCGCCGCUCCCACAACAACAUCCCUAAAGCUCGGAUGAGGACUCUUAAGAUGAGCAUUGUCAUUGUGAUGUCAUUCAUCAUCUGCUGGACCCCGUACUACCUGCUAGGCCUGUGGUAUUGGUUGUUCCCUGAAAAAAUGGAGGAGACAGUCUCUCAUUCACUGACUCAUAUGCUGUUUAUCUUUGGCCUCUUCAAUGCCUGCCUAGACCCCAUUACAUAUGGUCUGUUUACCAUUCAUCUUCACCAGGGUCUUAAGAGAUGCCAUCGAAGUUCAAACCCACAGACUGAAUUAGAAAACAAUACUUGCCUUGUACAGAUGUCACACAGGCAGACUGCCUCGGGUGGUCACAAUACAGACAUAGAGGAGGCAAACGACAACAACAGAAAGAAAAGUGGAUUAAGGCCAAUCAUCCCAGAAAGCAAAAUGUAAUGGAUUGAAGAAUUUCAUUAAAAAGAAUCUCUGCUCUUAAAGAGUUGAGCUUCGUCUUUCUCUAGAGAUUUAAAUGAUUUUUCUUUGAAAUGCUGAAGCUCCACAAAAAUUCAGUGCUCUUCUGUCAGACGAAUCUGUUCGACUGAUGUAAUAGAUGGUGUUUAAUAUCUCAGCCCUGGUUUGUUUAUCCCGAGUUUGCAGAGUGAUGCAUGUCAUUGCUCUUUCGCUAGCAUUUACAAAAUCAAGCAAUUGACAGCACUCAGAAUGUCUCACACACUGCUAAUAGGAUUUUUAUUUCACAAUUCAGAUCAAGUUGAUGAAAAUUUGUUUAAAGUUGCCCUAAAUUGACUAAAUCUGUAUUGCUACCAUACAUUCUAGCACAACUCUUGAUAACAGUGGGUUUAAAACACACGCACACACACACACACACACACACAGACACACACACACACACACAUUAAACUAAUGGGUUUUACUGGUUAAAUAUUUUGGUGUCUUGUAUUAUUUCCUGUGUCAAAAGAAAGAAAAUGAUAGAAAAAUGUUUGCAUUUGACUAAAGAUGUCUAGUUAGAUAAAAGGUGUGAAUAAAAAUAGUUACUGUAUUGAUAACAUUGAGGUUUUUGUAGAGAUUUGUCAUUUGGGUAAC